CAGAGCACUGAGAGAUAUCAGGUAUUGAUGUAACUGGAGUGAAUAAGGGAACCUUCUUCCUGAGCACAGACAUUGGAGCCUGUUAUCAGCAUGAACUCAUAUGUGUUAGACAAUCACUUGAAUAGUUCAUAUCCAUCCUUCACUAAAGGAAGCAUCAGAAUGAUACCACAAACUCCAAACGUCUUAGACACAAAUGACUAUUCACAAACAUUGGGGAAAUCACAGCAGAUAUUUAAAGAACAUGGUGAAUUGGCAGGAACUGGGCAGAAAUCAUUAUGUACAGGAAGUAAUUUAGUCAUCAAACAACAGGACAACAUUUAUGCCUUAUCUAGUGAAAUGAUUAUCCCAGAGGAUAAACCACACACAGUUACUGAGUUUAAAGAAGAGAAAAGUCUUAAGUUUAGCCAAAUGAUUAAUACAAAGGAGAAACCUCACACAUGUACAGAAUGUGGGAGAUGUUUAACAUCUAAAGGAAGCCUUAUGUAUCACAGAAAGACCCACACAGGGGAGAAACCUUUCACAUGUAAUGAGUGUUGGAAAUGUUUCACAUCCAAGGCAAAUCUUAUAUCUCAGGAAAAGACCCACACAGUGGAGAAACCUUUAACCUGUACAAAACGUUUUGAAAAGCCAUUCACAUGUACAAAGUGUGGAAAAUGUUUUACACUAAAGUGUAAUCUGAAAACUCAUGAAAGGAUUCACACAGGAGAAAAAGCUUUAACAUGUACAGAGUGUGGAAAAAGUUUUAGACUAAAGAGUGAUCUAGAAACUCAUGAAAGGAUUCACACAGGAGAAAAGCCAUUCACAUGUACAGAGUGUGGGAAAUGUUUUACACAAAAGAGUGAUCUAAAUACUCAUGAAAGGAUUCACACAGGAGAAAAACCUUUCACAUGUACAGAGUGUGGAAAAGAAUUUACAGUAAAAAGUAAUCUGAAAACUCAUGAAAGAAUUCACACAGGAGUAAAACCUUUUACAUGUACAGAGUGUGGAAAAAGUUUUCCACAAAAGAGUCAUCUGAAUAGUCAUGCAAGGAUUCACACAGGAGAAAAAGCUUUCACAUGUACAGAAUGUGGAAAAAGUUUUAGACAAAAGAUUGAUCUAAAAACUCAUGAAAGGAUUCACACAGGAGAAAAGCCUUUCACAUGUACAGAGUGUGGGAAAUGUUUUCCACAAAAGAGUCAUCUGAAUAGUCAUGCAAGGAUUCACACAGGAGAAAAACCUUUCACAUGUACAGAGUGUGGAAAAAGUUUUAGAAAAAAGAGUGAUCUAAAAGCUCAUGAAAGGAUUCACACAGGAGAAAAACCUUUCACAUGUACAGAGUGUGGAAAAGAAUUUACAGUAAAAAGUAAUCUGAAAACUCAUGAAAGGAUUCACACAGGAGAAAAACCUUUCACAUAUUUAUAAAGUGGAAAAGGGUAUCCCAUGUCAGUCAGGUAUCACAAAACACCAAAUAUUUACUCACAAAACAAACUUUAUAUGCACUGUGUGAAAACCUUUUAUGAAUUAUCCUAAGGAAGACAAACUCUUUAAA